UAAAUAAACAUAUUUAAUUAUACAUAUAUGUAUAUAUAACUAAAUAAGAAAAUGAUGUCUGCCGAAUUAUCGGGCUUUCGUAGAUUUUUGCAUUGGGGUCCAAUAACAGCCUUAAGUAUAAUAAAAUGCAUAACAUUAACUACAUUGUAUAUGAAUUCAAUGUGGUGGCCGCCAAAUUUAUCCAUAUUUGCUUUUCUAAAUCAAGCACUCUUUUUAAUGCUGUCUUCAGCGGCCACAUUUAAUUAUGUGAUGGCGACUGUAAUAGGUCCGGGUACAUUACCCAAACAAUGGCAACCGCAGGAUAGUAAAGCCACCGAGUUUUUACAAUAUUGUAAAAUAUGCGAAGGUUAUAAAGCGCCGCGUUCACAUCACUGUCGGAAAUGCAAUCGUUGCAUUAAGAAAAUGGAUCAUCAUUGUCCCUGGAUAAAUCAUUGUGUGGGUUGGGCCAAUCACGGCUAUUUCACAUUAUUUCUAGCAUUUUCGGUUCUUGGUAGUUUUCAUGGUUGCAUCAUAUUGUGCGGUGCCUUCUAUCGAGGCAUCUAUCGUUUUUGGUAUUUAACACAUGGCUUAGCGUAUUUGGCGACAGUUCAGCUUACCAUGUGGAGUUUAAUUAUUUGCAUAUUCGCAAUGGGUUUGGCGGUAGGUGUCGUAAUUGCUCUGGGGAUGUUACUUUAUUUUCAGCUUAAAUCAAUUGUGAAAAAUCAAACUGCUAUUGAAAUGUGGAUUAUAGAAAAAGCCGUAUUUCGACGGCAUCAUAAUACAGAUUUAGACGAUUUUAUAUUUCCUUACGACUUGGGUUGGCGGCAAAAUAUUAAGCAAGUUUUUGAAAAUGAAUGCGUCGCACGGGGUAAUGGUAUUGAAUGGCCAGUAAGAGAAGGUUGCGAAGAAUUCACUUUAACGCGGGAGCAAAUCGCCCAGAAAUUUGAGAAACGUGCACGUACACGAACUUUUAAAUGCAUACGUAAAGCCACCGGUAGUUAUGUGCCUUUGUGGUCUCAAGGCUUUCGUGUAUGCUUAGCAACGCCUUGUACCGAUGAACCUCGUAUACGUCUCGAAAAGGAUGACAUUAUACGGGUAACACGUUUUCGAAGGCAUUGGCUGUUUGGAGAACGUGUGCUUACUGACCCGAACAGCAUGGAAGAGAGGAAGCGAAAAGGUCCUGUUCGAGGUUGGUUUCCUAGACGUUGCGCCAUCGAACUUAUAGAGCCUACUUUGGUAGACGACGAACCUGAUACAACAGAAAUUCUUAAUUGUGCGAGACACAAUUCAAGCAAUGAUCAAAUUCCAAAAACUCAACGAAACGGCUACAAUCGCAAGAAAAUUAAUUGACACUGGCUUGUGCUCAUUUAGUUUUGAAAAUGUGAUGUGAUUAUCAAUGAAUCCUGAAAUUUUUAAAGAGGUACCUUCGUCUUAUCUUUUUGUAAGCAUAGUAUUCGAAUUACUCUGUUCGUUGACAGUCAGUCAUUAAUCGUAUUGUAAAUUUUUGUCUGUAAAUAUAUUUACGUAUAACAAAUGUUUAAAGCUACUAAGAACAUUACGCACUAUUUGUU